AGGCGCGCCCUCCCCGGCUCGGCCCUGCGCGCCAUGUGUCCCCGGCGAAGCGCGCCGCUCCCUGCCCGGCCGCGGUUCCUUUAACCCGGGAAAGGGAGUGGGGCGGAGGGGGCGGCGGAGCGGCUCAGAGGAGGGCUCUUUCUUUCUUCUUUUUUUGAAUGAACCGUGUGACGUACGUACAGGAAACCAGUCGGUUCGAGCGGAGAAUGAAGUAAGAGGCCAGGCCCCCCCGCCCCGCGCCCGCCCCCUUCCUCUCCGCCCCCUCCCCCGCCCGACGCGCGCCCGCUGGCCCGCCCGCUGGCCCGCCGCUCUCGGUUUCCCCGCGGAGCAGCCGCCGCCGCCGCUGUUGCGAAGGUGCCGAGCGCCGGGCCCUCCCAGCCGGCGCGGCCGUCAUCGCCCGGAGCGGGUGCGCGGCGGGAGCGCGGGGAGGCGGCCGCCGCCAGCAACGCCGCGCAGGAGCAGGAGGAGGAGAAAGGGUGCGCAGCCCGGAGGCGGGGUGCGCCGGUGGGGUGCAGCGGAAGAGGGGGUCCAGGGGGGAGAACUUCGUAGCAGUCAUCCUUUUUAGGAAAAGAGGGAAAAAAUAAAACCCUCCCCCACCACCUCCUCCCCACCCCUCGCCGCACCACACACAGCGCGGGCUCCUCGGCUCUGCACCGGCGGGCCGGGCGCGUCCUGCCUUCAUUUAUCAACAGCUUUUCGGAAAACGCAUUGGCCGUUCGGAGUUUAAUCAGAAGAGGAUUCCUGCCCCAGUGCCCGGCCGCCGGUCCCUGUCUCUCCCCCGGGGAGGCGUGAAGCGGUCCCGCGGAUAGGGGUCCAUGUCUGUGCCCGCGCGUGUGCGCGCGCGUGUAAAUUGCCGAGAGGGGGGAAAUCACAGGACUUAUGCAAAUACUGGACUGAACAUUGUAAUUCAUCUGCCGCCACCGCUGCCCCCCACCUUUUUUUUUUCUCUCUCGUGCUCGUGAGCUCUCCGGCUGGGAUUCCUGCGGACUGACAUUUCUGUGAAGGAGAAGUCUCGGCAUCCAUCGGCCAGUUCUCGUUUCUACCGCUCCCCACGCGCCCCCAACUCCUGAUUCAUUUGGAAGUUUCGCAGCGGCUCUCACCAGGGACUUCCGAAGAUCGAGGGGGUCUUUGCCUUACGCGUUCGUUUUGUUUUCACAAAAAGGGAACCUUGACAGAGGAUCAUGCUGCCCUUAAAAAAUACAAGGUCGUAGAGGAAGUAAGCUCAUAUUGACAAUAAUUAAUAACAAUGUGCCUCAUGAAAUAAAGGUCCGAAAGGAAUUGAAAUAAAAAUUUCCUGCAUCUCAUGCCAAAAGGGAAACACCAGAAUCAAGUGUUCCGCGUGACUGAAGACACCCCCUCAUCCAAGAAUGCAAAGCACAUCCAAUAAAAUCGCUGGAUUAUAACUAUUCUUCGUUCUUUCGGGGCCGUGGGGCGGGAGCGGGGGCGAGAGGUGCUUGUCGGCGCCCGGCUGCUUUUCCUCGGCUUUUCCUCGGGGACAGGAUGGCGCACGCCGGGAGAACAGGGUAUGAUAACCGGGAGAUAGUGAUGAAAUACAUCCACUAUAAGCUGUCGCAGAGGGGCUACGAGUGGGAUGCCGGAGACGCGAGCGCCACAGCCCCGGGGGCCACCCCCGCGCCGGGCAUCUUCUCCUCCCAGCCGGGGCGCACCCCCACGCCCGCCAGGACCUCGCCGCCGCCCCCCGCCGCCCCCGCCGCCGCGGGGCCUGCGCUCAGCCCCGUGCCACCCGUGGUCCACCUGACCCUGCGCCAGGCCGGCGACGACUUCUCCCGUCGCUACCGCCGGGACUUCGCCGAGAUGUCCAGCCAGCUGCACCUGACGCCCUUCACCGCGAGGGGACGCUUUGCCACGGUGGUGGAGGAGCUCUUCAGGGAUGGGGUGAACUGGGGGAGGAUUGUGGCCUUCUUUGAAUUCGGUGGGGUCAUGUGUGUGGAGAGCGUCAACCGGGAGAUGUCGCCCCUGGUGGACAACAUCGCCCUGUGGAUGACGGAAUACCUGAACCGGCACCUGCACACCUGGAUCCAGGAUAACGGAGGCUGGGACGCCUUCGUGGAACUGUACGGCCCCAACAUGCGGCCUCUCUUCGACUUCUCCUGGCUGUCCCUGAAGGCGCUGCUCAGCCUGGCCCUGGUGGGCGCCUGCAUCACGCUGGGGGCCUACCUGGGCCACAAGUGAAGCCGACAGGCCCACCCUGAACAGAUAUGCAACAGGUUCACUAAAGCAGUAGAAAUAUAUGCACCGUUAGUAACGGACCACAAAGCGAAGCUGUGGUCUCUUAAAAACAAGCUAGCAAACAAACAAAAAAACAACAAAAACAGCUUUCAGGCUCAACGUCGAAUCAGCUAUUUACUGCCAAAGGAAAAUACCAUUUAUUUUUUACAUUUUUGAGGGGGAAAAAAGAUUUAUUUAUUUAAGACAGUCCCACGGAGCAUUCUAUUUCUGGAAACCCUACCUAGUCGCCAAGCCCCUCUGGUGUGGCCCCACCUGGACCUCCGGGACCUAGGAACUGGUUUGCUUUCCCUGCUGUUGGCCGGGCUGACGCACCAUCUGAAGCGCAAACGAGCUGACGAAGGACAGGACUGCUCCAGAGGCCGGGCUCUGGCUGCUGGAGGAUUGGAAGAAGGUGUUCAUUUGCCUUGCAUGUAUGUGCCCUGGGGGCUGUGGUAUUAAUAGAGGGAGGUGCUUGGAGGGAAGUGCAUUCUUUCCCAGCUGGAAGAACCUGUGCUUUGCAUAUGGCUCACAUGGUACAUACUCGGUUGGAAGAAAGGAAAAAAAAUCGGGAACUUCAGAUGGACCUGGUAUCUGCCAGGAUACCCACACCGAAGGACAGGGUGAUAGGAAAAAUGCCCUUAAACCAGAGGAAAGUAUUUUUUUAAGCUACCGAUUGUGCCGAGAAGCAUUUCAGCAAUUUAUACAAUAUCAUCCAGUACCUUAAGCCCUAAUGUGUACAUUCAUAUAUUUUGGAUACACUCCACCUCCAAAAACUGGCUCUGUGUGAAACAAUCCCCUGGAAAGCGAGGAAGCGAACGUUUCGGUGACUUUCUCGGCAUCAGCAAGGCUAGAGUUCCCCAGAAGCAUCCAGCCGCCACAAGUGCCUGCUUUUCUGCAAGAGGCCAUGGUUUGGAGCCCUGCCCUGCAGCCCCGAGGCCUCUUCCUGGGGCUGAGCCUGGGCAGUCGCUGGCCUGCUCCAGGGGUUUUAAACAGAGCAGUGUGGUCUCCCAACGUCUGGAAGCUGACGGAGUCCAGAACCCCUUGGUCAAGAAAGAGCAGGAGGGUGGGGCCUGCUACCCUGGGGCCCUCCAGAAAGGGCCUGUCCACGUGGAACCUGGAAACCGAGCCCGGAAGACGUUCGUCACCGGAGGGAAGAAAACCGGAGCACUGCGCCUUGCCUAGCAGAGGGAGACGGCGAAGGUUGGGAGUGCGGACCACCGAAAGGGAAGGAAGAGCAAGGAGACACAGCGGCCUCCGUGCAGUGUGGCCGCGGCGCAUGCGUGCUGGCUGCGCGGCCACCCACCUGUCAGCGUGGUUUCAAGCAAGGCUUUAAAUGACUUUGGAGAGGGUCAUAAAUCCUGAAGGAAGCGUUGAGAUGAGGUGUCACGGAUUGAUUGAUCUGUGUCUACGGAAUUACGAUGUAAAACAUUAGCUUGUUAUUGCAGUUUGGUUUUAUUUGAAAACCUGACAGAAGGGGAAGAAAAUGUUCCAGGUGUGGAAUGUGAGGAUUCUCUGUAUAUCCUGGGCAUUAAAAAAGAAAAGAAAAAAAAAAAAGAUAGUUGUGGACAAUGCUAGAGCAGUAGCAAAAGAAGUGAUCUUCAGCCAACAAACUAGGAAAUACUUUUUUGAAGUUUAGAAAAUCUUGAGACACAUGGCAUAACUGUGGCAUUACAUACCACUCAUCUGUAUUAACUUUGGAAUGUACCAAGUUUGAUGUCUAGUGCUAUGGUUGAUAUUUCGAAAGCUGCUUUAAAAAAUACAUGCAUCUCAGAAUUUUUUUUUCAAUUGUAUUUAGUGAUGGCCUCUACAUCAUUUGUUAACAAAACUGAUUUUUUUUCCACUUGACAUUGUUGCCUCUUCGUCCUGUUGGAGCAUUUCUGAGCAGAUAAGAUGAGCUCUGGGUCUGAGCUGCCUGAGGAACCCGGGAGCCUGCUGACCACAGGGGCUCUUGGCGUCACCCGAGUUCCACGCACGUCCUUGCCACCACCAUUGUCCGUCGUGAGGGGCAGACCUGCUUGCCUCCGUGCUCUGGUUCCUGAGGGUGACUCGGUCCCCGGGCAGAAUUCAACGCACAUUAUUCAGGAUUGCAUUUGUGUUUGGUUAAACCCAUGAGGUUCAUUCAGUCGGAAAUCCAGAUGGGAAGUGACCAGAGGAUUAAAUUCUGGCCGUGAGGGUUUCACCUUUCAGGAGUUGCCGCACACGCCUGUUUCCACCCAGACUCCGACUCCUCCAGAGCCCUCAGGCCCCCCCCGCCCCCCCACAGGGCCCUUGCCCUGGCUGUCUUUCGGGUUUUUCCUGAAAUGCAGUGGCAUUUACACCCCACACCGAGAAAGCAGGAAACCCCACGGGGUGAAGCCAGACCUCCCUGACCGGCCUCAGGGAACAGGACGAUCGAACCUUUGAAUGAUUCUAGUUUUUAAGAGAAAUAUUAUUUUAUGAAAGGUUUACAUUGUCAAACAUGAUGGAAAUGGAAUAUCAACCCCUGUGCUGCUAUUCUAGCAAGAUCAUCCAAGGGAGCCCAUAUGCGGUGACACUCCAAGUGAGAACAGCCUCCACGCUGCUUUUCAAGUGACAAUGAAGAACAUGGGUGUUUUUAAUAUAGAGCUUGUCUGUCUUUUAUUGUUGUUACUGUUAUUGUUCAAACUGAGAUUUUCAGAAUAUUCGAAAAUGUAUAUAUAUUAAAAGAAAAACUCGCAGGGGUUGACUUCUGGCUGGUUCUUUUUGCUGUGGGGCUUUCUUACCUGGUUUGGAUGGUAAAGGUGCCCCCCGCCUGCCCGCAGGUCUGUACAGUAUUGCGGCUGCACUCACUCGGAGAGUAGUUAUGUUGCAUUUUUCUUCUUGGUAAAAACAUGUUAGAAGCAACGAAUGUAUAUAAAAGCCUCAACUAGUCAUUUUUUUCUCUCCUCCUUUUUUUAAUUGUCUCAAUUAUUUUGUGACCAGAAAACCAGAGAACCGUUCCUACUUGUGUCUGGUUGAGAAGGGAGUCACACCUGAACGCCUGGUGCACAUGUUGGCCAAGGUCAGGGUUAGAGAGAACACAUGCACUUUCCAAAUGGGGGUCAAGGGCUUUAAAAAGAACCGCAAGGAGGAAAUCACCCAGGAGCCUCCUCGUCCUCCCAGACCCUCCCUGCACAAGCACUCUGAAAAGAGAUCAAAACAGCCGACAGCCCGCAGCAAGCAGUGAGUCUGUUUUUACAGUGGCUGCAGAUUCUUGUACAUUUAAGAUUUGGAUUAGAGCAGCUUUCACUAGUUUCUACAAAUGAAAAAACGUACUCUGCCUGAGCCCAUUUAUUCCUGCUCGUUCAGCUACAGCCCACCACUUGGAUGUGACCUCUAGUUUAUCAGUAAAUAUUUAUUGCUUAUCAUAUAAAGACCUAGCCCUGGUCCAGUGUGGGAAAUUAGGAAGUGAGCAUAAAUCCAGAGGAGUUAGAAUAACGAGGAUUAAAUGUAAAUAAGGCCACCCCCACACAUGCCUGCCUUUCUUGUUAAGGAUUUACUGAUUGAACAGGAUUGCAAAUAGCCUGUCUUGUCAUGAAACUUAGGUUAAAAAUGACUAAUUUAGAAAUGGGAACUUAAAUUCGAAUUUCAACUGUACUUUUAAGGCAGUGGCUGUUUUUAUACUUUCUUAUCACUCAUGGUUAGUAAUGUGCACCUGGUCUAUCAGAAAGAAACAGGAAGGGCUGGAAAUGUAAGCCACGGCGAGGAAAUUGGGGAGUCGGCUGAAAUUCUAUUCUGGUCUCACUCUGCGGUCCUUUGCUGCCCAGACAGAUGGGGCUGCACACUUUUUAAGAAACACAAUUCUACAUUGUCAGGCUUAUGAAGGUUCCAACCGGAUCUUUAUUAUUCUUCCAUUUGGAUCUUCCAGGGAUUUUUGGCUUUCUUAUAAUGGGACAAAGGACAUUUGUUGCAGGGGUGGGAGGGAGGAAUUUUCAAAUGGGCAGAGCAUUCCCGACACUGACCGGAUCAGGGCAUGGAGGUUUCCCAAUAGCCAGGACUGUGGGGCGUAAGAUGGAAGUCACUGUGACUUUUCCCCAGAGUCCGUGUCAUGCCUCCAUGAAGGGCCUUGUGCAACAAGCAAGACACAUCUUAUUUUUUAAUCCUCACCCGAGAAUAUUGGUGUUAGAGAGAGAGGAAGGGAGAGAGAGAGAGAGAGAGAGACAUCGAUUAGUUGCCUCCAGUAAGUGCCCCAACUGAGGACUGAACCCCCAACCUAGGUAUGUGCCCUGACUGGGAACUUUUCUGUGUGCAGGAUGCUGCUCCAGCCACCUGAGCCACCUGGCCAGGGCACAAGCAAGAAACAUUUGACAGUUCUGCAGUAUGUCUACAUUCUAGAGAUGUGAAAACAACGGAAAAUGCAGCUCCGCAGGGCCGCACCGGUGGGCCAAAACUCUUUGAAACAUUUGCCAGCCGUGGUAUAUUACUUCAAACUUGGCUAUGUCUAGUGGCUACUUAAAA